UCAUGUGGCAGGUACAAAUCCAAGCUGCACGGUGCGACAGACUAUUCUGUAGGGCUGGCAGCGGAGAAGAAAUGUGAGCUGGCUGAGGUGAAGGAUGAGAUUCAGAGAAUGAAGAAGGACUUGGGGCAGACCUUGCAGAACCUUGAGGCAGUCACUGAAGAAGCAAGUGUUUGGUGGAGUGAUGUUGAGAAAGCCAUCAGUGGCUUUGAGAAAGACAUGAUCAGCACCAUCUCCAGCAAGAAAGUGAGUAUCGUAGCUUCUGAGAAGCUGAGAAACAUGGAGGAGGAGAACCGUCAGAGGGAUCUGCUGGGAGGGAAGUUGCACUUAAAAAAUUCUGUGCCUAAGGGUUAUAACAAGAAGACGCUGCAGCAGCAGCUCAGGCAGAAGGAGCAGAUGGGACAGACACUCCGUGAGGUACAUUUGCAGCAGCUGCAUGUUAGAAAUGCCCAGUACCAGGAGAAGAUUGAUGAGAAGAAGGAGGAGCUGCUGCAGCUAAAACUGACCUCAGGGAAGACUGGCCAAGUCCUCAACUUGUAUAAAAAGAAGCUGCAGGACGCCAUGGAAACAUCCACGUCUCUGAUGAAAGACAUCUCCCAGAGGAAGGAGCUGCUGGAGAAAAUUGAAAGAGAAGCUGCUCUGGUGGAGGAGCAACGAGCCAAAGCUGAGAGAGUGAAUCGGCAGCUGCGGAAGCAGCUCUCAGACUACAGUGUCCCCCCUGUGCUGAGUUACGUGCAGAAGAAGAUGGCUGUUGCUGACCUCAAAAACAGCCUCCGGGCUUGGGAGAGGAAGGUGGCAGUUGCUGAGAUGUCCUUGCAAAGCUACCGCAGAGCGUGGAACCAGGUCAAGAUGUCUGGUAACCAGCACUAG